AUGUACUGUGUAUUAGCAUUUUUAUUUACGGUUAUAAGCACAAUAAGAUGUGUUCCAUUGGUAAACUUAACACAUUCGGAUAAUUUGAAGAAUUCGCCAACAAUUUUGGAAACGUUAAAUACCAUUGACAUAUUGAACACUAUGAAUUUUAUGUGUAGAAAAAACGAAACAAAAAAAGGUACAGACGAGCUUAAAUAUUACUGUCGAGAUUUAAUUAAAGAAAACGGUACCUAUUUACCGUUGGAAUAUAUUAUAGAGACCAAAAUUACCAAGAUUCGAUCCAGUUUGGUUAAAUUUUUUAAUUUAGAAAAUAAAGCAAUUGUAUGUAGAGGUAUGAGGCAUUUAUUGCCGAUAAUUAUGCAUGGAAUAUCUAUUAAUAACACAGUAAAUGGAUCGACGGGGAAUGGAAACAGUGGAAUAAACACGUUUGAAGAAUUAUUUAAAAAGAAGCCGGAUUUUUUGAACGACGAAAAUUCAAGUAUUGAAAAAAAAUUUCAACAAAUAAAAGCAUUAACGAUGAAAAAUGGCAAAACAAACAAAAAACUAGACGAAAGCCCAGAACAAAGUAAUGGAAAAUUCUCAGUAACAAGUAACAGUAUUGUGGAAAAUAUUAUAACAACAGUUCGGUUAAUUUUACCUUUUAUCGAAAAUCUUGACUGUUUCCAUAAUUUGUACAAAAUAGACAAAAUACCGACUGCUAAUAAGUCUGAUCGCAACUCAUUGUUAUUAUUGAUUUUUGACGAAGUCAAGAUCAUGUACAGGACAGAGUGUUACGCUGACGUCGAUGUCGCAGCGCUACUGCAGAACAGGGACGCAGGAUGGAAAUUCGAGCGCAAGUACGACUCGAUCCCUCUUCUCGUCAGAGAAAUCGACAGGCUGUCCGCGGCAAUACAGAAAGAUUUGGUAUCGUUGUUUGUGAAAUUUCUUCCCGCAUAUGACCCUAAGCGGCCGUUGCAGCUGUGUCCGGAUGUGUCGAUCGUGUUCUAUCACACGUUCAACAAGUACCACGAUCCUGAAGUCUGGAGACUGAUCGGCAACGAGGCAAUCGUGGACCAUUCGUCCGAUUCCGGCAAAGCGGCAGCGACGUCGAUAGACCAAGUCGCAUCGAAUCUAACGAGAAAUAUCCAAUUUACCACGGACAGACUUACCGCGUUAAUAACGGAAAAAGUUAAGUGCCGUUGUUACACGUACUUAAAUCUUUUUAUGAAAUUAUACUACUGUAGUGUGCGAGUGUUGGUGGAAAACGUGCGGGAAGUCCGACAGUCGGCCCAGGCGUUGGAGCCGAUCGAUCAGCACAAAGUUUACAGCUUGUUACAUGACAAAAUUAAGGGACUCUGGACAGCCGAGUGUUCUAUUGGUGACGACGUCGGUGCGAUCGAUGAGUUAUUGGAUCGAGAAGGUAGUGAUAAAUAUUUCCAAAGCGCCUACGCCGCCUACUGGAACCGGAAUGCUCGAUCCGUAGGCAAAGCGAUCGAAACCGUAUCGAAUUAUUCGUCAGACCUGGGCUUUGUGGAGGGAUUUGGUCCGUUGUUACAGGAGAUUCGACGGAUUCGGGUCCGGCCUGAGAUUGAGAAGAAAUCCAUUGAGUAUCUGGUCAAUAGGUACAAGUGGGGUGAGCGAGCGUACAAGGAUCAAUGUUUUCCUGGCGAGUAUGACGACAAUGUGUUCACGUUCAGCAGCAACAUGAAACGGGCGUUGCAAGUCACGACCGCGGAUAACAUCACGAUGAGAUUAACUCUGGGAUGGAUAAUGGCGAUGACUGACACUCUCAACGACGACUUGGAAGCCGAUUUAGAUAUUAUCAAUAAUAAGUUUCCAUAA